UUCACUCUGUGCCAGCUGAGACUCCACAGCAGCCCAGACUUCAACGCUGCUGACCUCCAUGGCGUCAUGCUCUUCCGCCCUCGCUCUCUAUAUGUAUUCCCCAGGACUCGAAGCAAGCCACCACCAUCUCGACUCAUUCCCUCCUCCCUCUUCCAAAGCCAUGAAGUCCAGUGACCCCACCACCACCAUCACUUCUAGCUUCCAACACUCCUCCUCCUCCUCCUCCUCCAACUCCUCCUCCCCUACAUCUUCCCCCAUCUCGUCGUCUCCUCCAUCCCUUCCCCCGACGACCCCUCCGCCGCCGGUCAUUCACAGCCCCUGUGCCGCCUGCAAGAUCCUCCGCCGCCGCUGCGCCGGGAAAUGCGUCCUGGCGCCCUACUUCCCGCCCACCGAGCCGCUAAAGUUCACCACCGCGCAUCGCGUGUUCGGUGCUAGCAACAUCAUCAAGCUGCUGCAGGAUCUCCCGGAGAGCCAGAGGGCGGACGCCGUGAGCAGCAUGGUGUACGAGGCGAACGCCCGGAUCCGGGAUCCCGUCUACGGGUGUGCAGGUGCCAUCUUCCAGCUUCAGAAGCAGGUGAACGAGCUCCAAGCGCAACUGGCGCAGGCGCAGGCGGAGCUCCUCAACCUGCAAGCCCAGCACAAGAACCUCAUCGCCUUGAUCUGCGUGGAAGUGGCUCAGAAUCAGCAGGACCGCGCGCCUCGCUCCACCGACGCCCUCGCCGCCGGCAAUUACCUGCUUCAGAAUGAUGCAUACUUCCUCGAUGAGAUCAACCAGGAGGGCUCAGUUUGGGACGAACCCCUCUGGAUAUGACUCGAGAUUGGACGAACACCUCAGUAGCAAAUAAUUCCUUAGUAAUUAAUCCCGUAGAAGAUCGACAAAGUCGAGAGACAUGAAUGAUGAGGAGGGAGAACCCAUUCGUUGUUGUAUCCCCUUGACACUACCAACAAGAUCAGAGUUGCUUACUUACUUCAUGUAGUCCUUUCAAUUUCUACCAUGUAAUAAUUCAUGUCAAUUUCCGUGAAUUAUGAGUUCCCCAUCAACACGAGAAUUUGAUGUCGACAA